UCUUCCAGGGCUCACUGCUCAGCGGAAACUCUUAGGGGCUGGUGGUAGGAGUGACACACACCGGAGGCCGGGACAGGGGGAGGCGGGACCUCCCUCUCUCACACACAAGUGAGAAGAAUCCUCCAAACUUUUUGGAAACGAAAGUUUAAAGCGGGAACCCAAAGGCUGGCAACAAACAGUAAUAAUAACACCCCCCCCCCUUCCCUCCCCGACAGCUGUCUCCUCCCCCCGUCCGCACCUGGGGUGUAGCAGCAGUAGUGAGUAGUGCUAGUGUAGGGUGAUGGUGAGAGCGUGGCUGCAGCUGCUGCACCACCUCCCCGCGGGCUGAUGGGUGACACCGCCACCACCUGACACGGGAGAGCGGCACCUUGUGACACCAGUGCUCAGGGACCGGAGCUCAGGAGCAGCGCUGGGAGCUAUGGCGGCGGCGGGCGGAGAUGGGGACCCGCAGUGCCAGGUGGGCACCGCCGCCAGCCGCGGGAGAAGGAAGCGCAGGAAGCCCAGGAAGGAGAGCAAGGUGAGGACGGUCCGCUCCAACCUGCUGUACCAGGCCAGCGGCAAGGCAGCGGCGGAGAACCCAAACCGCCAGUACGCCGGCAACGCCAUCCAGACCACCAAGUACACGGCGCUGUCCUUCCUGCCCAAGAACCUCUUCGAGCAGUUCCACCGCCUGGCCAACGUCUACUUCGUCUUCAUCGCGCUGCUCAACUUCGUGCCCUCGGUCAAUGCCUUCAAGCCCGAGCUGGCGCUGGCCCCGGUGCUCUUCAUCCUGGCCGUCACCGCUAUCAAGGACCUGUGGGAGGACUACAGCCGCUACCGCUCCGACACGGAGAUCAACCACAUGGACUGCCUGGUGUUCUGCAGGAACGAGAGGAAAUACGUGGAGAGAUACUGGAAAGAAGUACAAGUUGGUGACUUUGUCCAGCUGCGGUGCAAUGAGAUCAUCCCUGCUGAUAUACUGCUGCUCUCCUCCAGUGAUCCAGAUGGGCUCUGUCACAUAGAAACUGCUAAUCUGGAUGGAGAAACCAAUCUAAAACAAAGACAAGUAGUAAAGAGGUUCACUGAGCUGGAAUCAGAAUUUGAUCCUAUGAAGUUCAACAGUGUUAUAGAAUAUGAGAAGCCAAAUAAUGAUUUGAGCAGGUUUCGAGGUUACAUAAUUCAUAAAAAUAGAAAGAAAUCUGGUCUUUCCAAGGAGAACCUUCUGCUACGUGGAUGUACUCUGAGAAAUACAGAGGUUGUCUCUGGAAUCGUUGUUUAUGCAGGCCAUGAGACGAAAGCUUUGUUAAACAACAGCGGACCUCGUUAUAAACGUAGUAAGCUCGAGAGGCAAAUGAAUACAGAUGUCUUUUGGUGUGUGCUGAUACUCCUAAUAAUGUGCCUGUUUUCUUCAAUUGGUCAUGCGCUCUGGGUAUGGCAAUAUGGAGAAAGAAGACCAGUGUUUGAUGUCCUGGGAACUGAUGGAAAUUAUGUGAAGCCCAUUCUUUCUGCAGUUUAUCUAUUUUUCACAAUGAUUAUUGUUUUACAGGUACUCAUUCCAGUGUCCCUCUAUGUUUCCAUUGAAAUUGUUAAAAUCUGCCAAGUAUACUUCAUUCACCAAGACAAGGACCUGUAUGAUGAAGAAACAGACUCGCGCCUACAGUGCCGUGCUCUGAACAUUACUGAAGACUUGGGGCAGAUACAGUAUAUAUUCUCCGACAAAACUGGAACUCUAACAGAGAAUAAAAUGGUAUUCCGAAGGUGCACAGUCUCUGGAAUAGAAUAUUCCCAUGAUGCAAAUGCAAAGAGGUUAGCAACCUAUCAAGAGGUAGACACUGACGAAGAUGAUAGUGGACCAAAGACAGAAAUACUUACUCGACGUGACAGUGGUGGAAGCCAUCACAGUGUUAAAGUAGUGCACAGAAGUCUAAGUACCAAGACCCACCGACGUACUGGCAGCAGAGCAGAAGCUAUGAGGGCCAGCAUCCUCUCUAAGCACACAGCUUUCAGUAGCCCAAUGGAAAAGGAUAUAACCCCUGAUCCAAAACUACUAGAAAAAGUCAAUGAUUGCGCAAAAGUCCUAAAGAUUGUGAGGAACCGUGAGGAACUGUUCUCCCAGAUCACUACAGAACUAAUGGACGUAUUUGACUUUUUCGUUGCUCUGACAAUUUGUAACACCGUUAUUGUUACUGCUCCAAAUCAGCCAAGGCAAAAGGUGAGAGUUCGAUUUGAACUGAAGUCUCCAGUUAAAACCAUUGAGGACUUUAUUAGAAGGUUUACUCCAAGUCGGCUAACGUCUGGGUCAAAUAGUAGCAGUUCAUCGAGUCUUACGAAUAGCAAAUCUCUGCAAAGAAUUGGAUCCAGUAUUCUGUCCUCCAGCUUAACUGAGGGCAGUUUGAAGGAAGGAAAGUUGGAAGGAAAAAGAUCCAGCUCUCCAAAAAUGUGUUUAAAUGUCCAGGGUUCCCAGCAGGGUAGUGGAGUCACUGUAAAUGGACAGGAAGGGGAGUUGCGAUUUGAAGCAGAGAGUCCUGAUGAAGCUGCUCUUGUUUAUGCUGCCAGAGCAUAUAAUUUUUCUCUAGUUGGUAGAUUGUCUGACCAAGUGACAGUGGAAUUGCCACACAUGGGAAGAUUAAGCUUUGAACUCCUGCACACCCUGGGGUUUGACUCUACCAGAAAAAGGAUGUCUGUGGUAGUCCGACAUCCGCUUACAGAUGAAAUUGUUGUUUACACUAAAGGGGCAGACUCUGUUGUCCUGGAUCUCCUCCAGCCAUGUUCUAAAGAUAACUCUAUGGGAAAGUACCAAAGAAGAAUUCAAGCCAAAACUCAGAAUUACUUGAACUUAUAUGCAGUUGAUGGAUUACGAACUUUGUGUAUAGCAAAACGAGUUCUCAGUAAGGAGGAGUAUGCUUGUUGGUUGAAAUUUCAUUUACAAGCAGAAUCCUCAUUAGAAAACCGGGAAGAGCUACUGUUCCAAUCUGCAGUUCGUCUGGAGACCAAUCUUCAUUUGCUGGGUGCUACUGGAAUAGAAGAUCGCUUACAAGAAGGUGUUCCAGAGACGAUUACUAGGCUACGUAAAGCUGGACUACAAAUAUGGGUACUGACUGGAGACAAGCAGGAAACUGCUGUAAACAUUGGCUAUUCUUGCAAGCUUCUGGAUCACGGGGAUGAUAUCCUGACUUUAAAUGCAGAAUCUUUGGAAGCCUGUGCUGCUUUACUUGACCAGUGUUUGCUCUAUGUAGAGUCCAAGAUUUCAAAUGAGUUGAAGACUCAAUCUGCUGGGAAUUCUGAUGUUGGUUUUAGAUGUAAUAAGUCCCAACAGUCGUCUUCAACAAGGCAUCAAAGUCUUGGGCUUGUGAUUGAUGGGAAAACAUUAGCUUUUGCACUAGACACAAGCCAAGCAGAUAAAUUUAUUUCACUGGCACGGCAAUGUCGAUCUGUGCUCUGCUGUCGAUCAACUCCCCUUCAAAAAAGCAUGGUGGUGAAACUUGUUCGAGACAAGCUAAACUCAAUGACCUUAGCAAUUGGUGAUGGAACAAAUGAUGUGAGCAUGAUUCAGGUGGCAGACAUUGGUGUCGGAAUCUCUGGUCAGGAAGGAAUGCAGGCAGUUAUGGCCAGUGACUUUGCUGUUCCGAGGUUUCGAUACUUGGAGAAGCUGCUGCUUGUUCAUGGCCGAUGGUGUUAUUCUCGACUGGCCAACAUGGUAUUAUAUUUCUUCUACAAAAAUGCUAUGUUUGUGGCUCUCCUGUUUUGGUACCAAUUUUUUUGUGGUUUCUCUGGAUCGUCAAUGAUUGAUCAGUGGUAUCUGAUAUUUUUUAAUUUACUGUUCUCAUCUAUUCCCCAACUUAUUACUGGAAUUCUUGAUAAAGACUUGCCAGCUGACAUGCUGAUUGCUGUUCCCGAACUCUACAGAAGUGGACAGACAAUGGAGGAGUACAAGCCACACAUGUUUUGGCGUAAUAUGAUUGAUGCUUUCUAUCAAAGUCUUGUAUGCUUUUUCGUCCCAUAUUUUACGUUCUACGAUUCAGAUAUUGAUUUGUUCACAUGGGGCACUCCAAUAGUGACAUGUGCUCUUUUCACCAUUAUGCUGCACUUAGGAAUUGAAACCAAAACCUGGACUUGGAUCAAUGUGUUCUCCAUGGCCUUCAGCAUCCUCCUAUUUUUUUCUGUGGCUUUAAUUUACAAUGCAUCUUGUCCUACAUGCAACCCUCCUUCAAACCCAUAUUGGACUAUACAGAAACUCCUCACCAAUCCUUUAUUUUAUUUAAUUUGCAUCUUCUCACCCAUCGCUGCUUUAUUACCCAGGUUUUUAUACAAAUCCAUUCAAGGGACAAUGUUUCCAACACAAGUGCAGGUUGGACGCCAGGUGCUGAAAGCUCACCCGGAAUGCCUAUCUCAUGUUCUGAACAACAAGCUAAAUUCUGCAUCUACUUUGGAGAAGCAAAUUAACACCACAAUAUCAACGGUUAGUGACCGCCAUUCGUUUAGGAACCAAAGUGAAACCAAUAUGGGCCAAGAGAGAGAAUCUCAAAAUCUUUUCCAUCAAGAUGAAAACAGAUCUACUGAUCAGCAACUUUAUUCCAGUUCAGUGCCUUCGCUUUCUGUAAAGCAAAAUGACCAAUCAUUAGCAUGUUUCCAUCCUUACACUCAUGACUCUUCUGUGACAUCGGAACAUUUGUUUGUGGAUGAGAUGAGUGAAUGGAACUCAAAGAUGGACCGAUCUGACAUUGACAUUGGUUUAAUAAACUGGAUAACAUCUACUCCUUUGUUUAAGGAUUCUGUUAGACCAAAACAACUAUCAGAUAGUGCUCAGGAUAUAUCAAACAAUUCAUCUUUAUUGCCAGCUGCUAUAUGUAAUACAACAGACUCUAGAAGCCCAGGAUGCAAUACAAAUGUGUUUUCUGACAGGAUAAUUAGGAACACACAGAAUGGGGAAAUGCAAGAAACAACAUUUUUAUAAAUCUAUAUAUAUAUAUAUAUAUAUAGUACAUUAUUUAUAUUUUCUAUUUUGCACAUUCAGUUUUUUUAUAUUUACUUUGUUUCGGAAUAUGAAGCAGGAAAUUAUCGGUACAGGAUUAUUUUGUGUUUUUUAUGUAAAUAACCUAUUACAAAGUUAUAUCAGAGCUUUAGAAAAAAAAUAUAUAAUGUUAUUUUUAACUGUUUACUGGUUAACUGGCUUUACCAAAAUGUUGAAAGUUACAAAAGAGAAAUCUAUUUGUAGAAUUCAAGUUUAUAUUUUAUUUCACAUAUUGUGUAAAUUCUGGUCAUGUUGACCCAUCGUCUGAAAGAAAGACCUGACAUACCAUUAUACUUCAGCUCCUAAAUAUUAUUAAUAGACACAUGUAUUAUUUAUCGUUUUCCAUUCAUACACUUCCAAUAUAUGAGAAGUAGAUUUCAAAUUUAAUGCAGUUGAAUUUGCCAAAAAAGCGGCUUUGUUUUUUGUUUUUUUUGUUUCUUUUGGUUUUAUGGUUUUAUUUUAUUUUAUGCACAUUUAUAAACUAGCUGUUAAUAUUGGAAGGUUAUUGGUGCCAGUUAAGACCACUAAACCUAAAGACAAGUUGGUUUAUAUAAAGCCGCAAACAUGUAUGUGAUAUGUUAUAUGUAAAAGUAUCAGGAGCUGGUCAGAACUGGAGAUAUUGGAGAUACUUGUUACCGUGAGGUGAGAGAGUUUACUAUUCACAGCAUAUUUCCUACACAGUUUUUCAAUUGAAGGGCAAUGAACCCAGCCACUAGUGGCUAUCUCUACCUACAAAUGGCAGACUGCAGAGAACUAAAGCUUGCACUGAACUGCUUAGUAAAAUGUAAUUAUGUCAAAGAUCCCGAGUCCUUCUAAAGAUUGGAAACUUACAUGUGUGUGAAUGUUGCUUGUAUUUCUUUCAUAUGAAGGCUCCUUGUAGUUUGUUACUGACCCUUUAGUAAUGUAAACGAAGUAGAAAUGGCAUACGAUUAUAUCUGUAUUCUGUAGCCUAAACAUAGUAUUUGUCUAGAAAGGAGUUUAGAUUAACACAUUGUCUUUGCUCUUCCUGAUGCUGCACUUGCACAAACUAUGAAUGUGUCCUCAUUCUCAUUUAUCAAUAAUGAUCCUGACAAUUAAUUGUACACCUCCUUUGAAGAAAAGAAGUUCAUUGUUAAAGUAAACCAGUUGUAUGCCUUGGUUAAUCAGACCUGGUAGAUUUGAGUUAAGGUAUUUUUACGUUAUUUGUCCAAGUCUUCUCUUGUAUUUAUUAAAUUAAUUCAAUUCCAAUUUAAGCCCAUGCAAAAUCUGUUGGAUCAAAAGUAAGAGCUGUGAAGUAUAAAUAUAAAAAUGACCUAACAUUAUAAAUUUUCAAGUGAAUAAAGGCAUUCCAAUUUAAGUUA